UUCCUCUCCCCUCCCACCGCCUCCUACUGCGGGCGCCGGGGGCGGAGGCUGCCAGCCCAUUAUAAAAAGCAACCGAGAUUGGUGGCGGAGGGGACUAUUCGGAGCUGCGACUCGGCCUAGCCUUUCAACCCACCGGAUUCCUGCACUCCAGCCAUGGCUCCCUCGCCGCUCGCGUGGCUGCUGUGCCUGGCCGCGCUCUGCCAUCUAUGCGCCCUGCUGCAGGCACCCAGCUCAGGACCUGCAAGAGAGAGGAGCCAGCACUUGUCCAUGGCCUCAAUAAAUGGUCAACACCUCGGCGUGACGAAAUGCAACAUGACCUGCCACAAGAUGACCUCACAAAUCCCGGUGACUUUGCUCAUCCACUAUCGGCCGAACCAGGAAUCAUGCGGCAGGCGCGCCAUUGUCUUGGAGACGAGACAGCACAGACAUUUCUGUGCUGACCCAAAUGAGAAAUGGGUCCAAGACGCCAUGAAGUAUCUGGACCGCCAGGCUGCUGCCCUGGCUCAGAACAGUGGCAAGUUUGAGAAGUUGGUCAAUGUGACAUCUGGGAUCACCGUGGCCACCAGGGGGCUGUCCCCAUCUGUACUGACAGAGCCUGAAGCCACAGUGACUUUGGAGCUGACUACUAUUUCCCAGGAGUCCCAGAGGCCUAUGGGAGCUUCCCAGGAGGCACCAGCAGCAGCAACUGGGUCAUCUCCCUCCACUUCCGAGGCUCAGGAUGCAGGUCUUGCCACCGGGCCUCAGACCACUGGGAAUUUUGAGAAAGCUGUCAUCUCUACCACCACUUGGCAGAGCUCUGCUGCCUACCAGUCUGAAUCUAGGCUCCAGCCUGAGGAAAGGGCUACCGAGUCCCCAUCCACUACAGCCCCGCCUACCCAGGCACCCACCACUUCCCAUUCAACCCCGGAGAAUGCUGGGUCUAAAGGUCAGACCCCCAGUCUAGAGACAUCUCUAGGGUCUGAGGAGAUAAACCAAGCUCAUAUUGAUAAUUUGCAGGACAGGGGGGGGCCUGGCAACACGGCCCAUCCCUCAGUGGCCCCCAUUCUCUCUGAAGGGACCCCCAGCCGGGACCUGGUAGCUUCAGGCAGUUGGCCUCCCAAGGCGGAGGAGCCCAUCCACGCUACUGCAGAUCCCCAGAGGCUGAGUGUGCUUAUCACUCCUGUCCCUGACUCCCAAGCAGCUACCCGGAGGCAGGCAGUGGGGCUGCUGGCCUUCCUGGGCCUACUCUUCUGCCUGGGGGUGGCCAUGUUUGCCUACCAGAGCCUCCAGGGCUGUCCCCGCAAAAUGGCAGGGGACAUGGUAGAAGGCCUCCGCUAUGUCCCCCGUAGCUGUGGCAGCAACUCAUAUGUCCUGGUGCCAGUGUGAGCUCUCUGACUGCUGGUGUGUCCAUAGUUUGAUUCAGACGGCUGUCUGGGGACCCCCAUCCUCAUACCCACCUCCACCCGAGCUGGGGCAAUGGGAAUGGGGAGGCUGGGUCCUCCAGGAGCCGUGUGCUCCGAGCCCCCCGUUGUGGCCCUGGAGGCCACCUUUUACCAUUACCCACUUAUCAGAGACAGCAGGUGACCUUCCAGCUCACCGAUAUUUGAGACACUCCUCUGCUGCUGGCUGGUUGGAGGGGCCCUUGACAUCCCAACCCUAGCGAGCAAUUAUUUAUUGAGCCCCCAGCCCCUGUGACACCUGUUCCCUGUGAGCACCGUGGUCCGCCCAAUCUCACAAGCAGCAGGUCAGGCCAUCUGCCUGUGCCCCUGACCUCCCCGUGUCCCCUGGGUUUGCUGCAGUCGCCAGCCCUUCCCCCUCCCUGGCCAGCUGCGGUGCUAUCUCUCCUAUGUCUCCCUGACCCUGUACAGAGCACACACCACCACCACCACCACCGUCAACGCCCGUGUUGUGUCCUUUUUUGCAUGAGGUUAACGCCUUGUUUCCUGGAGCUCUCUGGGAAGGGAGAGGAGCUAGUGAGGGUCUUUGAUGGAUCCCUCCCCAGACUGCCGUGAAGGCAUGCUGCAUCUGAAGGCAGGGCCCAGUCCCCACUCGGCUACCUGCACAGCAAGCUGCCCUUCUGGGAAAGAAAAGAAGAGUGGCCCAGAGAUGCAGUAGAGAUGGCCCUGACAUAGUCACUUUCCCUGAGAUCCGUGUCCCCAUCCCCGGAUGCAGCUCCCCGCCCUUAUCAACACUGACAGUCACUGCCAUCCCGCUGGGCUGACACACCUUUGUGCACCCUGUGACUGCAAGGCUGGCAAGGGGUGACGUGAGGGUUCAGGUCCUACCCUGUGGGCCCCAAGGGGAGGCUGGGUUGGGGACUUGCAAGAACAGAGGCCAACUCAGAAGGCCCCUCUGUGUCCUCACUAGGCACCCCUACCCUGCUCACCAAGGUUACAGCCACGGGUCUGCCCCGCCUGAAGGACACGCCCCGGAAGGAAGGGGAGGCAGAGGAGCCAGGGGAGGCACCUGGAGUGGCCACACAGCUGAUUUAAGCCUGGGGCCUUGUACUUGUACUUGCACAGCCCAGAUGGUUAGAGGCUGGAUCUUCUCUCAACUCUGAAAGCACUGUUCACGCCAAGGUCUCACCUUUGCCCCACUAUAGGCAGGGUCAGAACCCUGUGGAAAUUUCUGGAAGGGACUUUGCCCUGGGCAUAAAGUGACUGCCACAGCCUCCCAGCAGGGGACAGUUGGGUAGUACCCUAGCUGGAGCUGGACCUGCAGACCUCGCCCCUCAGGGCCCCUGGUGGUAGCUCUCCCCACCCUGCUCCUGAUAGCCCCAACCCUCCACCUUCAGAGCCUUCGCCCAGUGACUCACUCCUUGACCCGUGGAAGCUCAGAACAGUUGGCUCUGUCCCAGAGUGAGGAAGCCAGCCCCUUGGCGACCCUCCCUCCUGGGAAGCUUGUGGGAGGCUCUGGCCUGGCUCCAGGGUACUCACUGAGGGCUGGAGGAGGAGAAGUUUAUCCUGAGUGCACUUUAUCCUGGCUCCUUCAGAGGGGAGCCUUCAAGGGUAGGGAAGACCCUUCCCUAUUGAGAAAGCUGCUGGGGCAUGUGGUCCCCUUGAUGGACUUUGUGGGUUCUCCCCAGCAGGAUGUGGGCCGAGACGAUCUGGGGAGGCCUUUGGAGGGAGUUGCUCAAUCCUUUGGCUUUUCCAAGCAUCAUUAUCAAUGUCUGUGCCAUUUUGUAUUUUAUUAAUAAAAUUUAAAAGUCUUGUGAACCAAA